CCCACGCCAACGGAGAAGCAGAACACAAGGAGCCCGAGUCCGAGGGUGUGUGGAUGAUUUUUUUCUCACAUAUAAAAACUGAUUUUUUUUCCGGAAUCGAAACUGACGCUUAAGGGAUUUCGGAGGAAAGUAAGAAGACGGGUUUAAAAAAAGAAGAAGAAGAAGAACUCAGACAGGGUGCCCCUGCGCAGUACAGCAUCCUCCCUCUGCAUCUGUUUCUCAUCUCUCCUCCUUUGCCUCUGCGCUUUUUACAAGAUUCCCGAUUCUCCCACACUGCAUAUCCCCAGUGACUGAUCACUUAUUGCAAGCCGAGAGGUGCCCUUUUUCUUUCUUUUGUCGGAGUUUGAACCACAUUUCUGAGCUGCUGGGAGUAUACCACCAGAGCCCCUGAAAGCUGGCUGGACUGUAGUUUUCGUCUUCCCGAUACAGGCGGAUCAUCGAGGGGACCUUGCGCGGAGUCAAAAGGACUGGAAAUUAUUUAGCCCUCUCACAUCGACGUGCCGCAUGGUGGGAAUUUCUGCCUCUUUUCAGUAUCGCACUGGGAAGCGCUCCAUCAUGCCCGACUCACCUGCGGACGUCAAGACACAGUCCAGGUUGACCCCCCCUACCAUGCCACCCCCACCCAGUACACAAGGAGCACCCCGUAACAGCUCCUACACACCAACUACAUUAACCAACGGCAGUAGCCACUCCCCAACGGCGCUCAACGGCGCUCCAUCUCCCCCAAAUGGUUACAGCAAUGGUCCUAGCUCAUCCUCCUCAUCGUCUCUGGCCAACCAACAGCUGCCUCCAGCCUGUGGUGCCCGACAGCUCAGCAAGCUCAAGCGCUUCCUCACUACUCUACAGCAGUUUGGGAACGACAUCUCACCUGAAAUUGGCGAAAGAGUCCGCACGUUGGUGCUGGGAUUAGUGAAUUCCACUCUGACCAUCGAAGAAUUUCACUCCAAGCUGCAAGAAGCCACCAACUUCCCUCUGCGACCUUUUGUCAUACCCUUUCUGAAGGCCAACCUGCCGCUCCUUCAGAGGGAGCUGCUGCACUGUGCCAGGCUGGCCAAGCAGAACCCGGCUCAGUACCUGGCCCAGCAUGAGCAGCUACUCCUGGACACCAGCACCACCUCCCCAGUAGACUCCUCAGAGCUCUUGCUGGAUGUGAAUGAGAACGGCAAAAGGAGGACACCAGACAGAACCAAAGAGAACGGCUUUGAACGAGACAGCGCUCUGCAUCCGGACGUUCACCCCAGCAAACGGCCCUGCACUAUAAGUCCUGCCCAGCGUUUCAGCCCAUCCAAUGGACUCUCCUACCAACCCAAUGGUCUGCCUCACCCAGGCCCACUCCCUCCACAGCACUACAGGCUAGACGACAUGGCCAUUGCCCAUCACUACCGCGACACCUACAGACACCCGGCGUCUAAUCACCGAGAGAUCCGGGAGAGAGCAAGGCCCAUUGGUAUGCAUGCAGGUACCAGGCAGGAGGAAGUGAUUGACCACAGGCUGACAGACAGAGAAUGGGCUGAGGAGUGGAAGCACCUUGACCAUGUAAGAAAACUGCUCAACUGCAUCAUGGACAUGGUGGAAAAAACAAGGCGCUCACUGACGGUACUGCGGCGGUGCCAGGAGGCUGACCGUGAGGAGCUCAACUACUGGAUCCGACGAUACAGCGAUGCCGAGGAGCAGAAGAAAGGCGCUGUUAGCGGGCAGUCAAGGCAGCAGAGCCCUGCAGCACAAGAAAACACAACUUCAGAAAUUCACCGGGAGCUCCUGCACCGGCCUGUCUCUGGCUACGUCCCUGAAGAGAUCUGGAAAAAAGCUGAAGAGGCUGUGAAUGAGGUGAAGCGGCAGGCCAUGUCAGAGCUGCAGAAAGCCGUGUCAGAGGCCGAGCGCAAGGCUCACGAAAUGAUCAGCAGCGAGCGGGCCAAGAUGGAGCGAACAGUGGCCGAAGCCAAGCGCCAGGCAGCCGAAGAGGCGCUCUCCAUAAUCAACCAGCAGGAGGAUUCCAGCGAGAGCUGCUGGAACUGCGGACGCAAGGCCAGUGAGACAUGUAGCGGCUGCAACACGGCACGCUACUGCGGCUCCUUCUGCCAGCAUAAAGACUGGGAGAAGCAUCACCAUGUGUGCGGUCAGACCCUGCAGGCUCAGCAGCAGCAGCAGGCCAGCCAGCAGCAGGGAGGGGUUCCGGGUUCAGAGACCCCCGCUCCCAUCAGCUCCUCCGCUUGCACCCCAAGCAGCGGGACCGGGAGUCCGGCUGCUACCCCCCCUGCUGCCACCCCUCGCUCAUCCACCCCUAGCACCCCGUCCUCCUCUGCCCUUGAUGGCACACCACGCUAAGAAACUCACACAGAGGUAGGAGGCAAAGGCUUCCCAGGUGUAACAGCCAGCCCACAACCCGACAACUACCGUGGCUGUCUACAUUGCCCUGCAAAGAUGCUUAGAUACUAGAAUGAGACGGCAAUACUUCUAUCUUGCAGCGUAGUCAUAGAAGGAGGAAGUCCAUAAUCAGGUCAUAUUGACUUGCCAUGACUUUAAAGAAACACAAAGAUAUUCUUUGUUUUGAAUGAAUGAAUUUAAAAGUUGACAUUCUUUUACUGUUACACUUGCUAUUCUUGUUGACUGUUUGUCCUUGUACCUGUUGUUGUUAAAGUUGUCGUCAUUGUAGCUUAUCUUAUUUUCCCCUGUAAAUAUGAAGAGACUGAUCAGAGAUAGCCGUGAACUCAAGACAAGUAUAUCUGACCUGCCCUUUUCAAAUGUUUUUAUUUUUCAUCCUGGAGUCAGUGGUUAUUUCCUUCCUGUACACGAGACUAGUCAACCUCAGACAUUUAUCAAACAGCAUAUCACGGGGAAUGUAACUGUCUCAGAGAAAACUUUGGGAUAAGAGAGAUAUUAGAUUUAAAAAUCCUGAAAGACACACAAAAGGAUGAAUAAGCAUGUUUGCUGCCUGGAGAGGGGAGAGGGGAUGGACUGAAUCUCCGGCCCACAGACCGCCACGAAACGGGCAGAUGUGCAGCAGAUUGCCAGCUGUUCAACUGAUGUUAUUUCCCUCUCACUUGUAAUAAUAUCCAGGUCAGUGGUCUGGGAAAUACAAAUCCAUUUCUCUGAUGUAAAAGGAAGAAUUCUUGGAUAAGAUACAAAAACCUUGCACACUUGGAGGACGGACCAAAUACAACUCGAUCGCUCGGUGGGUCACAGACGCUCUCAAACAGGAAGUGAAGUCAUCAACCCACUGGCAAGACUGUCAAAUGACCUCGACAGCAGGCUCGGGAAACAUAGACUCGCCCCAGACAACCUCCCCUCCUAUCUCGACUCUGACAACAUUUUUCAUCUUUCUUCACAUUCUUACUCGUUUUCUGUAGAUGUCAUGGUGUUUAAGACUUCUGUCCUGUGGUGUCACCAAUGGUUAUUUAUUGUAUAUGUGUUGGACAAUUGUGACAAUGCAUAGUACUUCAACCAGUCACAACUCUAAGUCCUUCAUAACUCUUUCUCUCUAGCUGGUGCAAAAAGAGAUAAAAAAAAAAAAAGAAGUGUUAUCUUUUCUUUUUUUUCUUCCCCAAGCUGCUUCUUUUCUAUUCUGUGUAUAAGUGGUAGAUUCCUUGUAGUUCUAUAAGUUUUCCUUCCCUACGUCCUCAAGAAAAGACACAAGCUAUAUCUCAGAGCUGCUACUUGAGUCCGACCCAGAUCUUUUCUGAGAACUAGCAUGUUGCGCGGAAUGCUAACCUAAAUGUUUUGUAAAAGGGACAUACAUAAAUGUAUUUGCACUGUCACAGAGGUUAUCUCGGCAUGCUUCUUUUCAGCAUACUUGUGUUGUCGGUAUAGAGCCAUAACUCAUCAAGUCAUUUUGUAUGUAGUAUUAGCAUCUUCUAUUCUCACUUUCUCUGGAUGGGAGGAGAUGGAAAAACGUAAACCACCAAACCCAUUCCGUUUUUCUUUUUCUCUUUUUUUCAGUUUUGUUUUUUUUUACUCUGCGUGCUAAGAAGAGCAGCCAUUACGUCUUUUUUUUCCGUUGUUGUUGUUUAAAUAGUUACAACAGUGCAUGCACAUUACUGAACGUUUGUUAAAUAUUUGUUAUUUUUUAGAAAAAACUGAAAAAACAACCAAAAAAAUUAUAAUAAUAAUUUUUAAAAAACAAUACAAAAAAAAUAUUCUAACAAACUAACUUUCCAAAUGCAGAGGUGUAGACUCCGAUUGACAGCUUUAACACUGCAAAGCACCAGGUAACACGCAGUAUUAACACAAGAGUUAAACAUAAAAACACCAAAAACAGCCAAAGACUGACACCAAGGACCAAAAUCCUGAUUUAAACGAUUUUUGAAAAGAGGUUUGUCCACUCAGACAUUCAGGCAUUCGUUUCUCCAGCUUUUGUUCAUAUUUCCAUGAACAAAAAGAAAAAGGAUUCAUUUAUCUUUACCGUAUUCUGGAAACCACGAGCACUCGUCUCACAUUGUGGAAUAAGAAGGUGUGAAUUGACCCCGAUGAGCGUGCAGAGCGGAGAUACACUUUAACUGCAGCAAUAAUAGCUAAUGUGACACAAACGCAACUUCUGAAACCAUUUUUGAAGCGAUUCUCGAGAUUUCUUUCCUUUUUUUUUUUUUUACACAUUUUUUCAUUACACAACUGUCAGAUUCAGUGCCCAUUUCAGCUUUAAGCAGUUAAGUUUUUGAUUCGCAGAGGUAAAUGUGAGACUGGGCUUUCACACCAACGCCAUUGUACUGUAUUUAUUUAUUUAUAUCAUUUGGGUUAAUCCAUCGCAAUUUUGUCGAAAACCUUUAGCGUAAAUCAGACAAACCUCUCAAUCGCAGUAAGAGAGCACUUACCCCGACACUCACCCCAAACACCUUGGUGCUACACAGAAGCGCGUUACAAAUUCUGACCUCAAGGAACAAGUGGAGGCCCACAAAGGUUUCGGGGCAGUUUGCUCCCUCUGUACUUCCUCAUCUCUCCCUCCUUGUCUAACUACAACAUACACUUGCAUUCUUGACUUUAAAGGGUUAAACAAUCCAAAAAGGUGUCUGACACCCUACUAGCGAAUUCUCAGAAGCUGUGAAGAAACAGCCAAGCUGUUUUAACACUAGUGUAUUUAAAGGUAUACAACAAAUAAUGUAUGUGUUCAUAAUUUUCAGGGCAAAAUCUGGGUUUAAAAAGAAAAAAAAGAGAAAAAAAAGUUAGGAAACACGAUCAUUCAAUGAUGCUUUGAGAAGCGUUAUUGUUAUUUUAUUUUAUUUUUUUUCCCUCCUCUAUGUGUGUUUUGCUACAAAUUCCUCGGUGGCAAACAAGUCUCACUCUACCUCUUACAGCACGAUAAGAGCAUCAGUCACGGCGCUGAUACUGGUCUAGUCGAAACCAAAUGGGCACAAGAGAACAGGAAAAUAUAAAACCCAAAGUCGAAGCUCAUACAGCUGCAAAACCAUAUCACUACUUGGUAACAAUGCAGACCUCAUAAAUAAAUGAAACCUAAAUAGAAAUGAGAAAAAAAAAACAGAAAAAAAAACUUUUGUUAUGUUCCUUUAUGCCUGUGGCAUUUCUAGAGUACAUCAAGAGUUUGAAUUGUUUGAACAGAUUUGAGAAAAUUGUGCUAAUUUUAAAGAAAAGUGUUGUCGAUUCCCAUCUCGACGGCACAAGCUAAGGUCACAGAUAAGAAAUGUUUCUCUUGCUCUUUUUUCUUCCCUGUUUCCCCACCGCCUUUUCUCCUCUUUUUAUAUUGUUUUUUUCUCUGUUGUUAAGACAUGCAGAAGUGCUUGUCGAUUUGUCAGCUGGGGGAUAUACAAAAGGUCAAUCUUGGAAAAGAAAAAAAAAUUGAGGCUAUGAGUUUAGGCAUGCCUGUUUUUCACAAUGGGGGGAAACGUUAUUUAAAUUUCCUACUUAACAUGAAACAAUAGGGAAAUGGAGGGGCCGACAGCAAACAGCAAGGCCGUAGCAUUAAUUUGGGGGGGAAGGAGUUGAACUUCAGGGGUGGGAGGGUUUUUCCAUUCUCUUGAGAAAAUUUAUUGUGAAAAAAAACAGAGCUCAAAUAAUUUGAAGUUGUUGUGCAAUACUUAAUUAAGACAUGAAAACCACAGGUUAGUGGUAGGCUGACGCUAAGCGGUCUUUCCAUCGCUUACUGUCAGUGUCCUCUAGAGAGCUUUCCAGUCUACUAUGUCAGAACUGUGGUUUCUUGUUGAUUUUAUUUCUUUUUUUUGUUUCUUAAUUUUAAUUCUUUUCUUUUUUUGGGCUGUAAACUAUGGUCUGUCAGUCUGUGAAACUUUGCAGUAUAAUUCUGGUAUUGUUGUUCUUUACGGUGUAAUAAAUAUGUUAAU